GGAGAGGAGCGCGCGGGUUGAUGCAGCGGGCAGCCGGCGGGGUUACGGGGGAGCCGCGGGGCGCAGCGUUUGCCCCCCGUCCUCUGCCCCUGCCCCCCGGGGGGUCGCACCCCGGCGCCGCCUGCCCCCGGUGCAGCCCCGUUUCCCCGCGCCGUGCCGCCGGGAGUAACAUGGCUGGUGCGGUAACUACACCGGGACUAACUCCUCUUCUCCCCCGCAUGGGCAGGGAUUUUUCGCCGCCGCCCGGCAAAACGCGCGGCGCCCUCGGGUUUUAUUUGCCCCCCUUUCCCCCCGGGUGGGGAUGGCCGGGGCUGGUGGCGGGGGGAAAGUUGCCGGCCGUGCGCAAUGCCGUGCCUGCUGUUUAUUCUGCAUUAAUAUGGCUGUCGCUUUAGCAUCUGACAGGGAUAAACCCUGCGCGCUGCGCCCGUGUGUCCCGGCGAAACAGUUUUUUUUUCGGCCCCGCCGCCUCCCGGCUCCCCCGGUGGCUUCGCCUCCGCCCCCGCCGCCCUUCCCCUGCCCGGCCCGGGCCUUUUUGCGGGGCUGAGCCCCCGGCCGAGCCCCGCAUCGCCUCUUCCCCGCGCCGCGCCGCCCGUGCUGUGGGCAUUAACAUGGCUGGCGCUGGAGAGCCCGGCGAAGGGAAGAAAGACGUAGUCAAGAUGGCUAAAGGUGACCCGAAGAAGCCCAAGGGCAAGAUGUCUGCCUAUGCCUUCUUUGUGCAGACGUGCCGUGAGGAACACAAGAAAAAGAACCCAGAGGUUCCAGUCAACUUUGCAGAGUUUUCCAAGAAGUGCUCAGAGAGGUGGAAGACCAUGUCAAGCAAGGAGAAGGCUAAAUUUGAUGAAAUGGCGAAGGCUGAUAAGGUACGAUAUGAUAGAGAAAUGAAGGACUAUGGACCAGCUAAGGGUGGCAAGAAGAAGAAGGACCCCAAUGCCCCAAAACGACCACCGUCUGGCUUCUUCCUGUUCUGUUCAGAGUUCCGCCCCAAGAUCAAGUCCACAAACCCUGGCAUAUCCAUCGGGGAUGUAGCAAAGAAACUUGGUGAAAUGUGGAACAACCUCAGUGAUGGUGAAAAGCAGCCUUAUAACAAUAAGGCAGCUAAGCUGAAGGAGAAGUACGAGAAGGAUGUUGCAGACUACAAGUCUAAAGGAAAGUUUGAUGGCGCAAAGGGAGCAGCAACCAAAGCUGCUCGGAAAAAGGUAGAGGAAGAAGACGAAGAGGAGGAGGAGGAUGAAGAAGAGGAGGAUGAAGAUGAUGAUGACGAAUAAAACUGUACAAUACUUGUCUCCAUGUGAAUACCAUAGAGUAGGGGAAACACCAUAAAUGAAGCACCUCUUAUUUGAGAUGGUGUCUCUUGCCCUUAUUAGGCUUAAUUAAAAAAAAAAAUUGGAUUCCGAUCGCGUUGUAGUUUCUAAAAGUGCUCUAGAAAUUGUAACUGGUUUACAUGAAGUGGCCAUGGGUGUAGUGAGCACCCUGAAACUGUAUCAAAGUUGUACAUAUUUCCAAACAUUUUUAAAAUGAAAAGGCGCUCUAGUGUUCUCCUAACUCUGUGCACUUUGCUGUUGGUGUAACAAAGCAUUUAAAAAUGUUUCAAGCAUUUUUUUAAUUUGUAAGGUGGUGUUACUAUAUGGUUAUUGGCUAGAAAAUCCUGGGUUAUAAACUGUACAUAUCUAUAGUUUGUAAAAACUAGACAGAUUCUUGUGGUACAUGCUUAGAGUUAUGAUGCCUUAGAGGAGCAGUGAUUACUGGGAAAGGCUGUACGUUCCACGGGGUGCCAUGGCCCAAAGCAUGCACUGUGAGGGUAGAUCUAUUUACACUACAGUGGGCGUCCAUUUAGCUUAAAGUUGUCUUUCUGUAUAUAGUGAAAUAGCAUUCUGCUGCCAUUCUUAGUUGUGGAAGGGGGUUCAGCUGGCAUGAGAAGUGUAUGGAUUUUUUUAGUUAAGUGCGGUAGUUUUUAAACUGAAACUGUAGACAUCUCUUCAUCGUCAACUAAGUGAAGAGCCAGUGCAGCAACUGAAGUUCAAAAACACUCUGUACUUAAACAAAUUUGCAACGUUCUGUUUUUUUUGUAUGUUUAGAAUGCUGAAAUGUUUUUGAAGCAAAAUAAACAGUAUUACAUUUUUAAAA